AUUAUUUAUUAAGUUAUUUAUUUAUUACUUAUAUAUAAAUUACAGUUUAUAUCAUUCACUUCCUACUAUACAAGCAACAGAGCUGAAUAAAUUUUACUUUCAUAGUUAUGAAAACAAACGACGAGGAAGUAGUUUUUACCUGACCUUCAAUUCAAAGUCUACUUCAACCCAAACUUUAGUUUCGGUGAACUAACCAGGCCCCCGUGUUUGUGGAAAAAACUCUAUGAGCUAGAAAAAUCAUCGAAAAUAAAGCAUUUCUUAUUUGAAAAUUAUUGAAUUUAAAGUAUAAGAGUGGAACUCCAAUGUUGGAGCAAUUGAAUGAGGUUCAAAGCAUAGUGAACCAACUCAUUUCAAUGAAGAUGGUGCUUGAGUAUGAACUUCAAGCAUUGUUGUUGUUAAGCUCUCUGCUAGACUCAUAGGAGAUUUGGGUAGUUGUACUUAGUAAUUUGGUAUUGAAUGAGAUUGUCUCUAUGAAUUAUGUUAUAAAUUUUUUGUUGAAUGAAGAAACAAGAAGAAAAGUCUCCGAUGCAUCUAUACUGUAAGCUCUUAUUUUAGAGAAUCGGGGAAGGUUAAAGGACCAUGACCAUGACCAUGUUGAUCGAUACAAAUCAAGAAGCAAGUCAAAAUUAAAAAAAGAUAUUAGAUACUACUAUUGCAAAAUGAAAGGUCAUAUGAAAAAGGUAUGUUGGACAUAUAAGAAAGAUAAAAGAGGACAGGAUAAAGAAAGAAGCAAAGUCCAAAGAAGAUGAAAAGGAAGGAGCUAUUGUACUCUUAAUAAUGAUGUUGCUAUUUUGGGUAUAUGUAGUUAUGAAUGUAUUAAUAUUGGAUCUACUUUUUUAAGUGUUGAUUGGGGUCAUUGAUAUGGGUAUUGUUUCACGGAACUUCUCAUAAGCACUUGUAUAAAGCUAGAGACUUUGGAUUAGUGAAGAUAGGUAAUCGUGAAUCUUCUCAUAUUGUGAGAAGGAGAGGUCACUACAACAAAAUUACCUUUUAGUGGUAAUUUAAUAGUGGCGAUUAUUGAACGGCCACUAUUACUUAUUAUCUAAUUGUACUUAUAGCGGCAAUUAUUUUAAACUACAUAUCUUUACCGACUAAUAUUAUUAAAUAUAUUUACUUUGAGCCCUAAUACAAACCUAACCCUAACCGUAACCCUAACCCUCACACUCACCCUACCCGAACCCAACCCGAUCCCACUCCCCCACAUCCCUCCCCUGCGUCGACCCCUUCUCUCCCUCACCCCCUCCUCUUCGAGCUCGAGCUCUUCCCCUCCGCGUGAGCUCGAGCUCUCGCUCUCUCUUUCACCUCUACUCAUCUCCUCCUCCCUCUUCCUCCGCGUCCUCUCCAAGCUCCGAUCGCAGUCCCAAAUCGCCCUCGCAUUCGCCCCGAUCUUCUCUGCCGCGUGUGCACCGGCGCAACGUCGCCGUCGACCACCUCGAUCGAGCGCCACCACAGCGCCAGCGUCGUCCACUUCGCCGUCGCCGACAAGGUCUACGAUCUCCAGUUCCUCGAGGAGAUCCGUCGCAUCAACUCCGAGAGCUGUGGAGAAGUGCAAGAACCGGAACUAGCAACAACUCCGCUAUCCUCAAUUGAAGAGCGAGCAACUUCAGUGGCUGUGGGUCGACGAGGUUAUUCCUGAUGCUCCAUGGGUCCUCACAAAGGAGUUCCUGGACAAACAUCAGAUUGAUUAUGUGGCUCAUGAUGCCCUUUCGAUUGUUAUUGAAGAAGUGGACUCUAUUAUUGAAGUAGUUUAGCCGUUCUGCAUUAGCUGUUAAAUUUCCAAUGCUGACAUAAGUUGCAUCUCUGGGUGCAUAGUGAGUUUGAUCAUGCUGAGAAAGGCGAUGCUUUGUAUGCAAUGGAGUUGGCAUUAGCUCUUGAGAAACUGACAAAUGAGAAGCUUCUGAAAUUGCAGUGUUACAGAAAAGUGUCCAGACUACAGUGAAAGUGAAUUUCUGGAGGAGCAGGAGAAGCAAUUGAGGGUCAAUAUGAAGAUCAAUAAAUUGCGUGAGACAGUGAAGGCGCAUCAACAAAAGAUAUUUCAGCAAUGGAUGCUGAGUGCGGCGCUGGCAGGCUUGGGUGGGCAGCUAGGGAUCCUUCUGGGUUUCUUUCGCCUUACAGGUUCAGUCGAAGGUGUGGCCACGCCAACUAAAUGAGGAGUUCAAUGUCCCUUUCUUGAGUGCCGUGAAGCCUGUGGUGGACAAGGCCUUAAGACAGAAAAUCGGAUAGGGAUUCUUAAAAGUGAAUAUGAUGUGCAGUCCACCUUCGAGGGCGAUAAAUGUGUUACUGCAGCAGGUUAGUAAAGCACUUCUUGGGGAAUAUGUAGUUGCUCAGAAAAGAAAGAUACCUCUUAGAGGACUGGGAUUGGAGCACAUAAAUGAACCUUGCCCUGAUAUUCAUGAGAAUCUAACAAGCUCUAUCUUAAGGAGCUUCAAGUUCCAGACUGAUAUAUUCUGCUUGCGUGAGAGAGAUUUGCUGAAGCCCGAUGCUGACGAAGUCUCACAGUAUCAAGCCAAGGGAGAGAGUAAAGAGAGAGCAACAUUGCUGGAGCAUCUGGCUACGGAUGAAUUAUCAUUUAUCUUCCGUCUAAAGGGACAUGGUUAUUAUGUUUCUGUUGAAGGUGUGCAAGUAGCUGAUUAUCCAUGGACUAAUAUUUCUUGUCAAGGUUUUCAGAUUCUUUGGGGCCUUGUCAUCGAUUUGGAUAAGCUUUCGAAGUGGAGCAAUGAGUUUUUAAAUAUUUAUAAUUUAGGACUUUUUUGAUAUUAUAGGUGUUUAGUGUCAUUUAAAAUUUGUUAUUUUUUGGUUAAAUUUUGAACAAGUAUUUAUUGUUAGAACUCAUAUUCGAAAUUUAAUUUGAACAUUAAGAUUGUAAUUUGAGAGUGAAAACUAUU